UCUGACAUAUGUAUGUAUACUUACAUAGCAACACAUAAAUGAGUACGAAUUAUAGUCUUGUUUUUUUUAAUAAUAAAAACAAGAUUUAUUAUUGUAAAAUCUUGCCAGAAAAAUAAAAUUUGUUUAAAGAAUAUCAAAGAUAUCAUUUUAAAAAUGUUUGCUUAUUCAAAAGCAAGCACAUCAACAGGUGCAGGAGUACUUAUGGUACCUGUUCCAGGAGUGAACGGUGAUAGAUGGAUGGAAGAUUCGAGUGGUAACAUAUUUGUCCAGCUUGGACCUGACAGUGAGCAUGUAAAUUUAUUCUUUACUAUGAACCGUUUAAUAUAAACUAAUGUAAUUUAUUAACAGUGUAUGUAGUUUUUUUAUAGAUUAUCAAUGGUUACCUUUUACACUAGCAUUGAAGAAUAUGUUUUUUCCUGAUAUGUUUGGACCGAGUACUUUGUCCAGUAUUCCGAGUACUUCGUCCAGUGCUCUGAGUACUCAAAAAACACAGACUCAAGCUCAAAAAGGAAAACGCAAAAAUUGGACUGACGCACAAGUGCGUUUUUUGAUUGAGCUUUGGACAAAGUAUCGUCCAAAUUUUGAAAGCACAGCCAUGUCCACUGCCCAAGUGUGGAAACUAGUUGCCAAUGAAGAAGGCUAUCAUACACCUGUGCAACUUUCCGAUAAAUGGAAAGCUUUAAAAAAAGUAUUUGCUUCCGAAAUGGAGAAAGUAGGUGACAAAAACACUGGAGGCAAAGCUGACGACAAAUGGAAAUUCUUUGAUGAAUUUUAUGAGUUAUUUAAAGAUGAUCCAAAAUACACUCCUGUUUGUAUUGCGUCAAGUCGCAAAGGCUCUGCCAAUUUACAUACAUAUAAAAAAGUUGAAGAUGAAAAUAAAAACAGAGAAAAUUGUUUUGAUAACAGUUCAUCCGAUUAUGAGAAUUAUGAAUAUUUGGAUAACACAACUAGUGACAAUGAAUCAACAUCAGAGAUAUCAACACCACUGUCCACAUCAACCUCGUCGGCAGAAAAAAAGAAGAAUAAUUCAACUGAAUUACCAACACAAUUGUCCACUUCAACACCUGUGUCAGCAAUCUUGUUGUCAAGAAAAAGAAAUAAUAAAUCAACUGGCGAGGUUGAUCAGCUGCCACCAUCAAAAAAAACAAAAGCAGAUUUAUUUAUUGAGAAAUUAGAAAAAUCUGAUAUAGAGAGGGAGAAAAGAAUGGUGGCUUGUCAUCAAGAAAGAAUGGAAAUGACUGGCAUGGCUGUGAAAUAUCUAGUUGAUAUUUCUAACACCAUGAAGAAGUUAGUAGGCGAAAAAGUAGAAAAGACAUGAAUAGUCAUUCCUAGUUUGUUUAAUAUGCUUUUCUAUUUUGUUAUACUUAUAUUGAUGUUUUUUGAAGUUACUAAUAGU